CAGGCAGCCCUGCAGGGACCAUCUCUGAGCAGAGUGGGAGCAGCAGCCUGCAGACUCCAGCACCUCCAGCAUGACCAGGGCAGGAAUUUUGGUGCUCCUCUCCUUCGCGCUUUGCUGCGCCCCAGAUACUGUCUUUGGGAUUGAGGUGGACUGCAGUACCUAUCCCAACACCACAAACGAGGAGGGCAAAGAGGUGCUGGUGUGCAGCGAGGCCGUCAGCCCCAUCUGCGGCUCCGACGGCGUCACCUACGGCAACGAGUGCCUGCUCUGUGCCUACAACAUAGAAUAUGGAACCAAUGUCAGCAAAGACCACGAUGGAGAGUGCAAGGAAGUUGCCCCUGUGGAUUGCAGCAGGUACCCCAACUCAACCAGUGAGGAGGGCAAAGUGGGGCUGAUCUGCAGCAAAGACAUCAGCCCUGUCUGCGGGACCGACUGGGUCACCUACGACAACGAGUGCCUGCUCUGCGCCCGGAGCCUGGAGGCUGGAACCAGCAUUGGCAAGAAGGCUGACGGUGAAUGUAAGAAGGAAAUUGUUGCAGUUGACUGCAGUGACUACCCCAAACCUGUCUGCUCACUGGACUACAUGCCUCUCUGUGGCUCUGACAACACAACAUACAACAAUAAGUGUAUCUUCUGCAACGCAGUCGUGGACAGCAAUGGGACUAUCUCUUUGAGCCAUUUUGGAAAAUGCUGAGUAUAGUGCCAAGAGAAUUCACCACAAGAUCCCCACUGGAAAAUCCCAGAUAAAGAUCUGACCUCAGUCCAUCUCACCUUCUGGGGAACUCCGC